AUUCAAAACCAAUAUGUCCACUCUAGCACCCUCCGGUCCGGCGCUGGUUAGCAUAUGAGUACAAUCUCACUCUCCCACUACACAGAACAAACCAAUCCUCCAUGAAAAUCCUCAUGCUUCACCACUACAACCACUAUACUCCCAAACUUCCUCGACUUUCCAAAACUACUCUUCAUCCACGCACAUUAAAUAUCUGCCCGACUCGGUUUCUUUCUCCAUCACGUGAUUCUAAGACAGACAAUUCCUGCAGUUUCACUAAUUCCAGGUUCAGUUAUCUCAGGGCAUGGACUGCCCAGAGUCCAAAUUGGAGCAGCAAAGAAGAGCUAAGCUGCUCAGGGGAUGCUGAGGGGUAUGAUUACUUGGCGAAAGAUGGUGCCGUUUUCCAGAAGACUCUCAGGCUUGUAGAGACCGCCAUGUUCGCUGCUGUUUCUGGGUUAGCUUAUCUAUUGAGCAAUUCUCUUGCAAUUGAGAAUUACUUUGGAUGUUUUUUUGCACUACCCAUAGUAAUAUCUUCCAUGAGAUGGGGUGUUGCCGCAGGAAGAAAAACUAUGGUGGCAACUUUUGUGCUAUUGUUUGUCCUGUCUGGACCCGUGAAAGCAGUUAACUAUGUGCAAUUUGCUGAUAGUAUGUUCAAGUUACUGAUUAGUUCGCUUCUUCUUCCUCUCCUUCCCUUACCCAGCUAAUGCACGGCUUACUUGGUUUUACUAUGGGUUCUUUAUGGAGGUUUCGCACUAGUUGGAUGCAAUCAAUCUUCUUUUGUGCAAUUGCUCGGGCAAUAGGUGCUAUAGGGUAUGUGCUAUUGUCUUCAUUUUUAAUAAGGGAAAACAUACUCCAACUGAUUACCAUAAAUAUCCAUGCUUCCCUCUCAUACAUUCUCACAUCCAUAGGAAGCAAUUCAAUUCCAACAAUGGAUGUCAUAUACACUAUUUUUGGGACUGUGCUUCUUAUCAACUCCACUUUCUUUGUGUUAUUGCUACACAUUCUGUAUGCGAUCUUCUUUGCCAAGUUCGGGAUGAAGGCUUCAUUGAGACUGCCAAAAUGGGUGGACGUUGCAAUAUAAUAUGGCAUCAGAAGGACAAACCUGCUAAUGAAGCCUUGUUUUUUAUGGGGUGUCUAAUUUGCAUUCGAAUGACAAACUUCAAGUAAAUAAGGGCGAUGAUAUUACUCUGUAUCAAUUAACCCUACCUGUGAGUGAUGUGGUGCCGUCAAAAUCGUGACACACUGAUGGUUGGUGUAAGCAAAUCGGCUGGUGGGUUCACUGAUGGGCGAUGCCCAAAGUGAGCAAUGAGGGGAAACUUUUGUUUUUGUAUUAUACGGGAGUAUAUACUAACAAAAAAGAUUUUUUUGCCACUUGAUCCCAUUAUUAGAAUGUAUUAAGUCUCAUAUAUUUAUUCCUCUUCUUUAGACAGUCUCAUUUUAGGUGCAUCAUUUAUUUGUGAUCAUGUCAAAAAUAUAAUAACCUUACUUUGAC